UUUGAUUGUGCGACAGGCCGCGGCUCGAGCGGGGCCUCACUCAACCAGAAAAACCGUGUGGCACGAGAUAACGGAGCCACGGGACGACCGACUCCCGCAGCAGCGAGGGCMGAACAGACGAGGACCGAGUUCCGGAGUCAGGUAGCGGAGCGGACACAAAGCGCAACGGAACCGCGGAUCUGGACCGCGGUUUGCUGGCAGCCAGCGAGCAGCGCUAUCCGUCGUUAGCCCAAGCGGGUUAGCGGGUUAGCCAGCUUUUGUAAUCCGCCGGCCAGACAAACAGUCCUCCACUUUAGUCCAGGCCAAAAGCGGAAUUUAGUUCAAGCCGUACGACUCUACAAAGGACCCGGGAGGGACCGGCGCUGGCAGGAGGCUGGUUCUUGGGGUGAGGCCAAAGGACCAGACUCAAUGAGUUUCCAGCGAAAUGUCAGAGAAGUCAGGGCAGAGCACCAAGGCAAAGGAUGGCAAAAAGUAUGCAACCCUUAGCCUUUUCAACACUUACAAAGGCAAAUCUCUGGAAACCCAGAAAACUGCUGUGGCUGCCAGGCAUGGGCUCCAGAGUUUGGGUAAAGUUGCAGUCAGCCGGCGUAUGCCCCCUCCAGCCAACCUGCCCAGCCUGAAGGCAGAGAACAAGGGAAAUGACCCAAAUGUCAGCAUCGUCCCUAAAGAUGGUAGUGGUUGGGCAUCCAGAGCUGAAGCAGGGGAUGAAAGGCAGCAGGAAACUCCUCCACCCCAAAGCAAACCAGCUGCUGCACAGUCACAAGAGCCUUCUGCUGGGGGCAGCCGCUCUUGGGCAAACAGCAAGCAGACACAGCAAGAUGAUGUUGGCAGUUGGCGUGAAGGCGGAGGCAGGAACUUGAACCCUGCAUCUAGCACCCCGGAGCUGGAUGCCAAGGCUCAGGAGGAGGACCUGGCUACCUCCACACCACCACCAGGGGAGCCUGAGGAGCCUGGCCGGAAUGUAACAACAGAGGGUCCAAAAGAGAAGAAGGAGAGCAAGGAGAGGUUACCCCCAGCUGUCCAUCCUCAACCUAAAGUUAAUGGGGGUCAGCAGCCACCUUCAGGGGUUCCAACUCACUUUGACCCUGCUUUCAGGAGCAUGAUGCCACCUUAUAUGUUCCAUGCCUAUCCCCAAAUGACAUUUGCUCCAGGACAGGGAAACUUCAGAUACCCAGUACCACAAGAUGGGGGAAAGGGUCCUCAUUCUACAAGACCACAGCAGCCAGUCCCUCAGUCCUGGCUCCAAGACCCUGACAGGCCCUCCAUCAUCAGUGCCACCGAACUGAAGGAGCUGGACAACUUAGACACUGAUGCUGAUGAGGGUUGGGCAGGAGCUCAGAUGGAGGUGGAUUACACUGAAAAACUCAACUUCAGUGAUGAUGAAGAGAACCAUGCUGCUAAAGAAAAAGGAGAAAACUGGGAGUGGAUGGGUAAAGUGGAGCGCAUGAGGUCUCGGACAUCAGAUGGUCAGGAGGGCUGGAAGGAGGGCUCUGAAGAGCCUGGAGGUGGUAAAUCCUCUUGGGCUGACAGCGCUGAUCCCAGAGCUCCAUCCCCUGGCAGUGGAGGGCAGUACAGUAAAUCAGCUGUUUCACAGGAAUACCAGAGUCGCCCUGCUGGCACCAGUGCAUCACGUGGAAUCAAACCACAGGCCGCUGUGGCCCCCGCCGCUGAUGAGGACUCUGAUGCCUGGCGACAGAAGCGGAAAAAGCAGUCUGACGUUUCUGAAGCCGUGGAGCGAGCGAGACGCAGGAGAGAAGAGGAGGAGAGGCGGAUGGAAGAACAGAGACUUGCUGCUUGUGCUGAAAAACUUAAACGCCUCAACGAGAAACACCGACAGGCAAACGAGAGCAAACCCUCCGUUUCUCAGAGCCCCAGUGAUGAAGCAAGAGCUGCUGGGGAGGAGCCCUCAUCAGCACCACUUCCUGCACCCAUUCCUGUUGUUUCAGUCCCGGUCACACAGGCCCCGGUCACACAAAGCCUUUCAUCAGAGCGAGGGGACCGAGACCAGGACAGGCCGGAGCAGGAACCAGAGCGUGUAGAACCAAGUGCUGAGGAUGAGGCUCAGGUGCCUCGUCAGCCCAGCCCCCCUGCAGCUGUAGCUCCAGAGCCAGAAAGUGAAGGAGCAACCUCCUUGGCUGAAGUGGGUCCUCUGGUGGAGGAGAGCCAGACUGACAGGGCGGCAUCAGUUCCCACCUGUGACUAUUUUAACAUUGAGGACAACAGAGUAGAGGAGCCCCACCUGUCUCUGUCUCUGCCUCACAUGGAAGCUCCCAGAGGGGAGGAAAUCCCUACUGUACCCCCACAACUGGAAGGAGAGGCUUCUGCUGCCGUGCGUCCCUCUUUAAUCUCAGGCUAUUCCAAACAGUUUCAAAAGUCGUUGCCUCCACGUUUUCUCAGACAGCAGGAGCAGAUGAAGCAGCAACAAUGGCAACAGCAGCAGAGUGGGGGGUCUGUGUCCCCCUCAGGUGGUGGUAAUGUUCAAGCUCCCCAACAGCAACAGCACCGCUCCAUGUAUCAACCCAUAGGCCCCCACCACCAACACUUAGCCUCCAUGGGCUUUGACCCCCGCUGGCUCAUGAUGCAAUCCUACAUGGACCCCCGCAUGAUGUCUGGUCGCCCCCCGAUGGACAUGCCAACAAAUAUCCACCCUGGGAGAAUGCCUCAGAAGCCGAUUGUGCGCAGGGAACCAGGUGACAACUCCAGCUCUAGCUCGGAUUCAUUCGACCACUUGUCCCGACCAGUGCGAGACCAUGGCCUGCCCUCGGACUCACGGAUGGUAUGGGGAUCAGAGYCAUACCCACAGUCAGAACCGUUACCCUCUGUAACUCCACCUAAAGGACGUGAAGAUAUCCAAGAGCAAAGAAUGGAUUCUGCUUUGGAUCUGGACAGGGGUCUUCCAGCUAUUUAUGCUCAAGACCACAGUGCAGUGGACUCACGGAAAAAUAACUUUUUUCGGGAGUCAGAAUCUUUGUCAGCAUUUACUCAGGGCCCAGAGGAUGCACCGGUACCUCUCGAUAGGGUCCCUGUAAGCUCUGCCUUCGAUCCUGAAGAGAGAGGCUUGCCAAGCGGUGAAGAAGUGGAGGCUAUCGGUCAAGCAAUGCUACAGAGAAGUAUCUCACAGGGUUCUAGCCACUCCCUUAAAACGGAUGAGCCUAGGUUUGAAGGAAUACCCCUGGCAACUAAACCCUUAGAGCUGCAGGACCCGGAGGAACGGAUUUCUGAUAAGCACCAGAGUGAAGUUUACUCCCAGGCUGCUGUGUCCAGCAACAGGGCUACGUCCCCUGCAGAUGGAUUAUACAAACCAGAGAAGCUGCCUCUGCCAGGUCCCAGCAAGCAGAAAGUGGAACUGCGUUGGGGUGGGAGGUCAGUGGGUGGACGCCGGGAUGGACCAGGAGGAGAGAGGCUGCUUCGCAGAUCGGGACCAAUAAAGAAGCCUGUUCUGAGAGACAUGAAGGAAGAGAGGGAGCAAAGAGAAGAAAGGGAGAAGCGCCACGAGAAAGGGGAACGAGGGGAUCGACCCAAAAAGGAUCAGCCAUCCAAAGCUCCGUCUGCAGCUGCAGCCGUGUCUGAAAGCUCCAGAGCUCAGGGCGAAGGCAAGAAGGAAAGUGCUGAGGCCGAGGAGCCACCAGCUGCCCAUCACAGGGCCAGAGACUCUCAGCCUUCCUCAGGGGUGCUCACCUCGUCCUCCCAGGAGGAGAAAGCAGACAGACUGCCCAGUAAUGACAAGCAUCCAGAACCAAAACUGCUCCCGCGGAAAGACUCCAGUUUUCCUCCCCGUGGCCMCAGACGAGAGGAGCGAGAGAGGGAGCGUGAGGAGCGUAAGGAGAAGGAAACCGACAAGGACAGGGAGAGAGAAUGGCCCACAGACUCAAACUUCAAAGGACGAGGUCGAGGGGAGUACUACUCCAGAGGAAGAAGCUACCGUGGAUCCUACAGUGGCCGAGGACGGGGAAGUCGUGGUCGUAGCCGAGCGGAGUACCCUUAUCGAGAGCCCCGGUUACGCUCCGACUUACCUUCUGCUGCAGGGGCUGCCUUUUGUAACAGGGAAGAAAGUGAAACACGCAGCGAGAGCUCAGACUUUGAGGUCAUUCCAAAACGCAGACGUCGUCGUGAUUCAGACACAGACUCUGAGAGCGAAGGUGGCAGAGAGUCUGCCAGCGAUACCGGACCCUCUGACCGCGAGCCCAGCAGCAAACCCAGCCGUCCACUAAGAAGAGAGCUCCCUGGUGAGGGCCGUUCUGYGCCCCACAAGCUGAGCUUUGAGCCGCCUCACGGAGGGGAAAGAGUCGCCUCAAGAGGAGACGAAGAUGGCCGGCCUAAGCCAGGUUUUCUUCCUAAAGGAGAGCCUUUCCGACGAGGAAGAGGAGGUUUGUACAGUAGACGAGGUGGAACGAGAGAGCGUGGUGGACCUCGCUCAGCCCCACACAGAAGGCCGCCUGCCAGAGACUCCUCCUCUCAGUGGCCCUCCAAACCUAUGGAGACGUUCAGGCCUGAAGACACAGAGUCUGCAAAUAGAUAUGACAAUCCUUCCUCUGACCGACGCCCCCCCAAAUUAGAGGGUAAAAAAUUUAGAGAUGGAGCUGCUCAGAGCAGCAGAGAAAGGCCUCGUCGAUCUCGACCGGCUCGGCCCCCGAGGCAGGAUAAACCKCCCCGCUUCAGACGCUUGAAAGAGCGCGAGGCUGCAGUGUUAGGAAGUGGUGACACAGCUGCCCGUCCCCCYGGUUCUUUACCUUCUGUGCCUGCUGCAGCUGCCUCUAGUUCAGCAACUCCCCAAACCUCCUUCUCUCCAACCAUUUCUAGAGCUCCGGGAACUCCCCUAACUGUGCCUGCAGAAGUGGCAGCUGCUGUACCCGCACCUGACCAACACUCUCCCUUAGAAGUGUCCUUGCCUGGGACCAGCAGUCCCACCAUUACUGCAGCGGGUACCAAAUCCCCUGACCUGUCAAACCAGAACUCUUCUGAUCAAGCCAACGAGGAGUGGGAAACUGCUUCUGAAAGCAGCGAUUUCAAUGAGAGGAGGGAACGAGAGGAGAGGAAAGGAACUCUGGAGGCUGCUGCUGAGGCAGUCCCAGUCUCUGCUCCAGCACCUGCACCUCCUCAGGGCACGUCAACCCCUAACAAAAGUUCACCUGAUGGAGGCGUGACCCCAAAACGUGAGGCGUCUCAAACGGCCAAGAGGAGUUUCUCCAGUCAGAGGCCCAUAGAGAGGCCCAACCGCAAAGGCAACAGUGGAGCCAAAGCAGUGCGCAGCUACCCUGGAGGCAAGGGAGAAAGGAGAGGAGGGGGCAAAACUGGACGCAAAGGCCCUGUAGUCCAGCAGAACUCUGAGGCACCAGCAGCUGGAGGAGGAUCCCAAAGACCAACAAAAGAGCAGCCCACCCGUCGCAAAGAUGAAGCCAAACAGGCCACCAAGAAACCGAAGGAGAACGCUCUUUCGCAGUUUGACCUCAACAACUAUGCCAGUGUUGUGAUUAUUGAUGACCACCCAGAGGUAACCACCACUGAAGACCCUCAGUCCAACGAUGGUGGUUUCACAGAGGUCGUUUCCCGCAAACAGAAACGUCUGCAGGAUGAAGAGAAACGGAAAAAGGAAGAGCAGACUUCUCAGAACUGGGGUAAGAGAGGUUCUGGUGAGAAGAGCAGAGGGAGUGGAGGGAAGCUGCCACCAAGAUUUGCCAAAAAACAGUCGACRCAGCCACAGCAGCAGCAGCAACAACAACAACAACCACCGUCCUCUCAGUCUCAGCCGUCUGUAGCUUCUACCACCAGUUCCCAACAACAGCCCCCCGUUUCAGCUGCGCAGCAUUCUCACCUGGCCCCCUCCCAGCCCCCUGCAUCUCCUCAAACUCUGGAAGGUGCCAUGGCUCCCUCCUCUGCUGUGGAUUUCACCCCAAAGAGCCUGGCCCCUGCUCCUGCACAGACGCACAGUAAUCUGGGUACAGAGCUGUGGGAGAACAAGGCAGCAGGGCCCGCCGUGCUCCCUGACGUAAAGAAACUUGGUCCCAUUAGCCCACCCCAGCCACCUUCUGUGAGUGCUUGGAACAAACCUCUAACCUCCUUCACUGGCAUCGCUGCCUCAGAGGGUGUGAAGCCUGCAGGGGAUGGCAGUGUGGAGUUGGGAAUAGACAGCAUUCAGUUUGGAGCUCCAUCGUCUGCAGGCAGCACAGACAGUGAUGGAGGUCCUGCACUGUUAGAGACUGCCUCUGAAAACAAACUGCCUGCUCCCAAAGAACAACGACAGAAACAACCUCGCACUGGUCCAAUCAAGACUCAGAAGCUCCCUGAGAUGGAACCAGUUGAAACAAAGGAGUACAAACCAGGUCCGAUUGGCAAAGAGCGCUCUCUGAAAAACCGCAAGGCCAAAGAUGCUCGUGGAGCAGAGACUGAGGUGAUGGAAGGAGGAGUAACUGCAGGAAACGUUAGCAGAGCCAACGACUCCAGUCCUCCCACUAGUGACAGCGCAGUACCAGAGCUGGGAGGAGACAUCGAGGGCAUGAUCACAGCUCCGUCAGCAGAGUACAACAGCAGCUCCAAGGAGUCUGUCACUGACUACACGGCUCCCUCCUCCUCUCUGGCUGACAGUGUUCCUACAGGAGGGAACAAAAUGGAGGAGAGUUUAGUGGCCAAUGUGGCGCUGCCCCACUCUCUGCCUCUUCCUCACAGAGAGACGCUGCAGCAGAGCUCCAGCCUCAGCACCGUCUCUCCUGCUACUGUUGAUCUAACACUAAAGAUGGAGUCUGCUCGUAAAGCGUGGGAGAACUCGCCGAGUUUGGAGAAGAGUUCACCGGUCACCUCCUCUUCCUCCCCCAUCACGUCCUGUGCGUCGUCGUACUCGUCGUUCUCCUCGGCCUCCAUGCCUCAGAUCCCUGUCGCCUCUGUGACCCCCAGCACCUCUCUGUCAGGUUCUGGCACCUACACGACAUCAUCCCUCAGCACAAAGACCACCUCUGCCUCYGACCCCCCCAACAUCUGCAAAGUGAAGCCGCAGCAGCUGCAGGGUGGAAGCUUGUCCUCCUCUAACAGCAACAACAGCAGCACCAGCUUCUCUCAGCUCAGCUGUGUGCCCCCCCUCCUCCCCCAGCAGCAGCAGACCCCCCAGGUGUACGUCUCCCAGUCUGCAGCAGGUUCUGCAGCUCAGAUUCCAGCCUUCUACAUGGACACUAGCCACCUCUUCAGUACCYCCCACCCUCGUCUGGCUCCUCCUUCCAUUGCCCAGCAGCAGGGCUUCCAGCCUGGACUCUCCCAGCCCACAGCAGUGCAGCAGAUUCCCAUUCCCAUCUACGCUCCGCUCCAAGGCCAGCCUCAGCACCAACACACACACCAGGCUCAGCUGGGCCUCAGCUCCGGUCCACCAGUCUCACAACCACAGGACCUGUUCAGUUCUUCUCUGCAGCCUUACAGGUCUCAGCAGGCCUUCAUGCAUUCAAGCAGCUUGUCGCAGCCGUCGAUGAUGCUGUCAGGACCUUCUCUUCACAGCUACCCUGGUGUGCAAGGCCCUGAGCUGGGCAAGCCCCAGUCCAGUCUGUAUCAGCAGCCCUCCUCCACCCAGCACAUUCCCAUUCUGUUUGAGCCCCAGCUCAACCAGGCCUCAGGCCUGGGGGGGUCGCAGCUCAUCGAAACACACCUGCUGCAGGCUCGUCAGGGGAUGAACCAACAUUCUAACAUGUACUCAGGGCAGGUCCAACAACAUGGUCAGAACAGUUAUUAUAGCAGCACCCAGUCUCCCAGUUCAGCCCUGCAGCAGGUGACUGUCCCUCUGCCAGCGUCUCAGCUGUCCCUGACUAACUUUGGUUCAGGUGGAGGCCAGCCCCUCCUGGCCCUGCCCCCCACUCCCCCCCAAGCCCAGCCUCCCAACAUCAACCGUCAGCCCCCGGUUUCUCAGCCCUACAGGGGCAUGAUGGGCCCCAACCACAGCGUGAUGCAGCCUCCAAACAGCAAGAUGGACAUGGACCUGAAACUCUUUGGUAGUGGCAUGGAUGUGAAGCCUGGAACUCCUCCUGUCAGCGCCAGGAGCACCACACCCACCUCCAACCCUUACAGGGCCAGCUCCACGUCUCCCAGCAGCCAGUCCAGUAAGAUGAACAGCAUGCUCUACCAGAAGCAGUUCCAGCCCAGCUCUGCUGGCAUGAGGAUGACUCAGCACUUCCCGAGCCAGUUCAACCCUCAGAUUCUGUCCCAGCCGAACAUCGUGUCUCCUCUGGUUCGUCCUCCACAUGCUAACUCUUUUGCUGGAGGAGUUCAGAGGUCUUCAAUGGGUCCUCCUAUCUCCCCCAACGUGAGCAGCGGCCUUAUGCCUCACCCACGGCAGCAGCAUCCGCAGCACAGUCAGCACCCUCCCAGAGGACCCCCUGGACCCCUGCUGCCACCCCGAGGCUCUCAGGUGGCUCUGAAGGCYGAGCAGGACCUGAAGGCCAAGCAGCGGGCCGAGGUGCUGCAGUCCACUCACAAGUUCUUCUCCGAGCAGCAGCAGCUGAAGGCUCCUCAACAGGUCAACAAAGCCUCCCGCCUCGACCAGGGAGGGAAACCUCCGCUUGACACGCUGGCCUCAAACCACCAGGCUGCAGGGGAACGCCCAGAUYCUGACAAGCCCCCCAUAUCCACGGCUAAGCCCAUUAGAACUGGCCCCAUAAAACCCCAGGCCAUUAAACCAGAGGAGGGCAAGUAAGGAGCCUGCAGCCCUGCUCAGGUGACACACCUGCAGGCAGCAGGGAGAAGCUCCUCCCACUCACCCAAGCAAAGCCUCAUAUCAUCCC